UAGGUUUCCAUCUGAGUGGCACCGUAACUGAGCCAGCCACAGCUUCUGAACCAGCAGUAACUUACAAAGUUGCAAUCAGUUUUGAUCGGUGCAAAAUCACUUCUGUGACAUGUGGCUGUGGGAAUAAGGACAUAUUCUACUGUGCUCAUGUGGUAGCACUCUCACUCUACAGGAUCCGUAAACCAGACCAAGUCAAACUGCGUCUUCCUAUCUCAGAAACUCUUUUCCAGAUGAAUAGGGACCAGCUCCAGAAGUUUAUUCAGUAUUUAAUCACAGCCCACCACACUGAAGUUCUUCCUACUGCACAAAAGCUGGCAGAUGAGAUUCUGUCCUCCAACUCAGAAAUCAACCAAGUGAAUGGUGCCCCUGACCCCACAGCUGGGGCCAGCAUUGAUGAUGAGAACUGUUGGCAUUUGGACGAAGAACAGGUCAAAGAACAAGUGAAGCUCUUUCUCUCCCAAGGGGGUUACUAUGGCUCUGGGAAGCAGCUCAACUCAAUGUUUGCCAAGGUUCGAGAGAUGCUGCGGAUGAGAGAUUCCAAUGGAGCCAGGAUGCUGACACUUAUAACCGAGCAGUUCAUGGCUGACCCACGACUCACACUCUGGAGGCAGCAAGGAACAAGCAUGACAGAUAAGUGCAGGCAGCUCUGGGAUGAGCUAGGGGCUUUAUGGGUGUGCAUAAUUUUAAACCCACACUGCAAACUGGAGGAAAAAUCCUGUUGGCUACAGCAACUACAGAAGUGGAGUGACCUAGAUGUAUGUCCCUUGGAGGAUGGGAACUAUGGGAAUGAACUGCCCAACAUCACCAAUGCACUUCCCCAGAAUGCCAAUCAUAGUGCAGAUUCCUUAUCCCGACCAAGACGAACAGUGUUCACUAGAGCCAUCGAAGGCCGUGAAUUACAUUGGCAGGACAGCCACCUACAGCGAAUAAUCAGCAGUGAUAUAUAUACAGCUCCUGCCUGUCAGCGGGAAAACGAGCGACUGCUCUUUAAUUCCCAUGGCCAACCACUAUGGCUUGAGCAUGUGCCUACAGCUUGUGCUCGAGUUGAUGCCCUGCGUUCUCAUGGUUAUCCAAAAGAGGCCCUCAGACUCACAGUAGCUAUUAUUAAUACUCUGAGGUUGCAGCAGCAGCGACAGCUGGAAAUCUACAAGCAUCAGAAAAAAGAACUGCUGCAGAGAGGAACCACAACCAUCACAAACCUGGAGGGCUGGGUAGGCCACCCCCUGGACCCCAUUGGCUGCCUGUUUCUCACUUUGACUGAGGCCUGCCGCUUGAAUGAUGAUGGCUAUAUGGAAGUGUCAGAUAUAAAUGAAAGCAGACUCCCUGUGUACCAGCAUGUACCUGUGGCUGCAGGCUGCAGUGAGUCCUACCUGUCCUUGGCCCUGGAAGUUGCUCUGAUGGGCAUGGGUCAACAGAGGGUAAUGCCUGAAGGCCUCUAUGCACAGGAUAAGGUAUGCCGUAAUGAGGAACAACUCCUAAGCCAACUCCAGGAGCUGCAACUAGACGAUGAGCUAGUGCAAACAUUGCGGAAACAGUGCAUCUUACUGCUGGAAGGAGGCCCCUUCAGCGGUCUAGGAGAAGUCAUCCACCGAGAGAGUGUUCCCAUGCAUACCUUUGCGAAGUAUUUGUUCUCAGCUCUGCUGCCUCACGAUCCAGACCUGUCCUAUAAAUUAGCCUUACGUGCCAUGAGGUUACCUGUUCUAGAAAACUCAGCUUCUGCAGGCGACAAUUCCCACCCUCACCAUAUGGUGUCUGUUGUACCCAGCAGAUAUCCUCGCUGGUUCACACUUGGACACCUGGAAUCACAGCAGUGUGAGCUGGCCUCCACCAUGCUGACUGCUGCCAAAGGUAAGUAGAGAUAGAUAUUAGACUCCAGCAUCCACACACUGCCUG